UUAGUCUACAUGAAACUAAUUACUUUCAUAUUUUGAAGUUUUCAACACAAAAAUAAUUUAUAACAUUGUUGUCAUUGACUACUUGUCAGGCAUUGUAUUGUUUGAAAAUGGCGUAUCAUAAUAAUGGACUCUGAUGGAAGACCACAACAGUAACUGUUUUAUGUAUGUGUGCUGGGCUGUCAUUUGGCUGUCUUGAUGGUCCUGGGUUCAUAUACACUACCUGCUACCAGUCCCCAUCAUCCUGCUGGAGGUUUGGGCUAGAAAGUAGAUUAUCUUCAACUCUGAAGGAACAUCUGAAAACAUGAUUCAAGUAGAAUGAUGAAUAAAUUAAGAUGUGAAGCUCUGUGUCAACAUCCUCAUUGUUGGUUUGUGCAUGAUCAACAUGGUGUGGAUGUACCGACAAAGUCUCAUUCUUCAAAUAGGCCUAUAGAAACAGAUUUACCAACACAGAGUAUCCAAAACCUAUUGGCUGAUUAUGGUAUCCAUGAAUGCAGCUCUAAUCUUCAUGAUUCAGUUUCAAAAAAUAUGAUUUGGAAAUUAUCUUUGCAUACCUUCAAGCAAGAGACUCCAAUAAAAUCAAGGUACAACUCAACAAAUCCAAAUUUGGAAGAAUAUGGACAGAGCUACUUCCCUUUUACAAAUCAUAUGAAUCAUUUAAAGACAUUUGAUACAGACUUUCUAAAUAUAGACAGAACAUCAAAACAGUAUAUCUGGGUUUCCAAUUCAAAUGAAAAGCUCCAGAAAAAAAAUCAAUUAUCAUCAUUGAAAGAUAACUCUCACACUUCAUUAAAUACAGCUGACAAAAGUGUCACAAAACUUUUUCUACCCCUAGAGGAAAUUCAUGCCAAACAAGGAAGUCCCGUCAAGCACAUUAAAAAGGUCAGAAAGUUUAAUCUUCUGCCUAAUACAGCACAGAAACCAAAAAGCUCUUCAAAGAAUAACAUUGAUCAAAAAGUAUUAUCCAGAAACAAAUCAACUGUUAGUGUAGAAAACACAGCAGGCCAUGGACACCUUUUACUUCAAAUAAAUCAUAAAGACACAACAAAUGUAUCUAUAGAGACUUUAAAUUCAAAUCAAGGAAAUCUAGCCCUGCUUGAAAAUCAAAGAGAAAUAACCCUGCCAUCAGUUAACUCUCUUGUACCAGUGUUACCUCUUGAGUCCAACCUACAGCUUUCCAACAAAAACAAUAGACAGUUAACUGUGCUUCAGCCAUCAACAAAAAUUUCUUCCAUUUCACUUGGUCUUCCUGAACUGCCAUCUGGUGUCAAAAUCACAAAACCAUUUUCUUAUAAGAAAAAGGACCUAAAUUUUACAUUAGGUCCUGUAUUAAGUGCACUCUCCACACUAAGAAGUGAUGAAAGUACUAGCAACAGAGAAGACAAAGUCGAUUUUCCGCAAAAAGAUUUUACAAUUCAAGAGGUUUGCCAAUGCACUGCACAAUCACCUGUACGUUCAGUUUCUGUCUAUUUACCUGAUCCAUCUGUUCAAUCAUACAUAGUGACACAAAAGAUAACUUCCCCAGAUAAAAAAGAAUCCAAUGAACAUGCUUCAAAUAAACAGAUGCAUGAAACAUUUGAUAACAAAAGAACUCUUACACCAAUGGAAACUAUAUCAAUAUAUUCCAAUCCAAACAGUGCAAUAUCUCCUGACAAAAUAUUUGAAAGUGAUACAGAAAAUGUGUUAAUGACAACUGUCAGACCUAGCUCAGUGGCUACCACUUCAACAGGUGCAUGGCCUUCUGUCACAGAAGCAGUAGUAGAGCGCACUCUUGCCUCAUCUAAGUCGCAGUUCCAAUCUAGCAGAAAGUUAGAAGAACAUAAAUCUAAGGUUCAAAGUGCUGAAAUUCUAAAGAUGGCUAAAAGUAAAGGUCAGUCUCCGGCACCACCUCCUCCUUCCCCAGAACUACGCAAACAUACAGCACUAGCACUUCAGAAUGCUUCUCAGUUGAAUGAAGUCACUAUUGAUACUUUGGAAGAAAAUGAUGCUCGCACUCUUGCAUGAGAUGUUAUGUUUAAAAAUUGGUGAUUUGUAAACUGGUUGGGUCAAAGAAUUGUAUUACAACUAUAUGACAUUAAUAUCAUUUCCAUACACAUUAAGAGACAUUGUAGGCUACAUGUUUAUCCGAUUUGAACAAUAGUCUCUUAAGGUUUGGUAAUACAUUACAUUGAGUGUAUUGCUUUUUCUUUUAAUAUUGCAGACAUUAUUAUUUUUAACAUGUUACUUUUCAGACAAAUUUUUACAUAUUAUAAAAUUAUUGAGAUCAUACAAAUGUUUUAUUGUGACAACUUUUACAACUUGAAAUUGUUACCUCCCCUGUUUUCAUGAUUAACAUGCAUAGUGCUGAUUGACUCACUCAAGCCAUAAUAACAUGAGGGACAGCUAUCAACCACAAGCUAUUGCUUUUGUUUUGUUGACACCCUUGCCAUAUCAAAUGUUUUGAUAGACAACAACUGGCAUUUAGAUUGCUAGAAUUAGUAGUAGUGAAAAACUAGAAUGAAUUCUGUUCCACAAAUAUUUCAAUCUAUUUCCCUAGCAAAGAAGCUGGAGUUUAAAUAUUGUUUUAUUUUCUUGAUUAUGCUUCAGAUUGGUACAAACAAAUAUGUCUUUAGAUUGGUACAAACAAAUAUGUCUUCAGAUUGGUACAAACACAUAUGUCUUUAGAUUGGUACAAACAAAUAUGUCUUUAGAUUGGUACAAACAAAUAUGUCUUUAGAUUGGUACAAACAAAUAUGUCUUCAGAUUGGUACAAACACAUAUGUCUUUAGUUGGUACAAACAAAUAUGUCUUUAGAUUGGUACAAACAAAUAUGUCUUUAGAUUGGUACAAACAAAUAUGUCUUUAGAUUGGUACAAACAAAUAUGUCUUUAGAUUGGUACAAACAAAUAUGUCUUUAGAUUGGUACAAACAAAUAUGUCUUCAGAUUGGUACAAACAAAUAUGUCUUUAGAUUGGUACAAACACAUAUGUCUUUAGAUUGGUACAAAGAAAUAUGUCUUUAGAUUGGUACAAACAAAUAUGUCUUUAGAUUGGUACAAACAAAUAUGUCUUUAGAUUGGUACAAACAAAUAUGUCUUUAGAUUGGUACAAACAAAUAUGUCUUUAGAUUGGUACAAACAAAUAUGUCUUUAGAUUGGUACAAACAAAUAUGUCUUUAGAUUGGUACAAACAAAUAUGUCUUUAGAUUGGUACAAACAAAUAUGUCUUCAGAUUGGUACAAACAAAUAUGUCUUUAGAUUGGUACAAACACAUAUGUCUUUAGAUUGGUACAAAGAAAUAUGUCUUUAGAUUGGUACAAACAAAUACAUUAUAGAAUUAGACAAAAAGCUAGAUCUUAGAAGUUGUUUUUGAGUUAAAUCUUAAAAAUAAAAAAGACAUUCUUCUUCAAUUCAAUAGCUACAUAAAAGAUGCCAAACAUGAAGAAUGUCAUUUUCAUCCUAUAUUCAACAUUUAAUAAGAUUAAGAAGUCAAGAUGUUCUGUAUAUAAGCAUUGGCAUAUUAAAUGUAUAAUGAUAAUAUUAUUUUGCUUUAGAAAAAACAAACUUUGCUGUUCUCUAUAGUGAUUAUCACAUAGGCCUAGCUCUUUGUUCAUCUAUUUUUGUUAUUGCUUUGUGCCUUGAAGGCAGUGUGCUCUUAUUCUCUACUGAUAUGCUCAACUUUUUUAAUGAGGUUUAUGAAGUAAUCAUGAAGAAGUCGUGUUAAACUAUCAUGCCAGAUCAUUUGUUCUGGUUUCCUUUUAUGUUCAGCAUUAAGAAAUAGUCUUAACAUUUUGCAUGUCUUCUUUCAAAAUGAAAUGAUUUGCUCAAAUGUUAGGUUUCGGUUUUUAUCAGCAUCUUUUUUUUUUAAACUUCACCAUACAAUUGUUGAAGUUCAUACAAUUUUAGUAACUGUCAAGUUUAUGUUAUGGAUUGAAGUAUUAAGUGAUAAAAUACAUUUUAAUUCAAAUUUUAGAAAGUUUGAUGUGACAAUUAGUGUCUUACUGAUGAAUUGAUAACAAAGAUUAAAAGAUUUGCAAAAUUUUUA